AUGUCUGAGGGAAAGAAAAUGACGUCCAGCCGCAGGCAUCACCUGAAGAGUCUGAUGCUGCAGAUUGCUGCUACCUGGAUCGAGCAGGAGAAGAAGGACGCUAUAACAACAAAGGAGACCUACAUGGCCGAGACAUGUCCCGCCCCAGAAGUCAACAUAGACCAGGCAGCCCUCAUGGAAUUGUGCAAAAAGAUCAACGGGUUCAUUGACAAGGUUGACGAGGAGAGGUACGAUGCCGAGUCCAAAGUACAGAAGGCCGACAAGGAGAUUGAGGAGCUGAGGCUGAAGGUGGUGGAGCUGGCCGGAGUGAAGAAACCCGCCUUGAAGAAGGUGCGUAUGUCUGCUGACGCCAUGCUGCAGGCUCUGCUGGGAGGAAAACACAAGGUGACCAUGGACCUGAGGGCCAACCUGAAGCAAGUCAAGAAGGAGGUCAAAGAGGAGUCAACAGAGGCGGUCGGCGACUGGCGUAAAAACAUUGAAGAUAAGGCCGACAGGAAGAAGAUGUUCGAGACUUCCUAA